AGUUCUCCUCCAGAGCAGCAGGGGGCGACAGUUGCAUGAGCACUUCCGCCGGCGAGACAAACCGGAAGAGGCCGAGGGGCGUCAGUAACAUUCACAGCGACGGUGAACCAAGACGGACAGCUUCUUGUACGAAGUGGCUAAUAAUUAGUAGUCAGUGUGUUGAAGAAGCAGCAUGAAAGAGGAUUAUUUGUGAAAGGAGAGCUUCAUCCACGUGCCAUGUCUUUGGUUUUCCCCCGGCCGAACACCAACACAGUCCACGGCAAGAAGGAUAAGAGACUGAUGGCGGAGGUGAACGCGUCGCCACUCAAGCAUUUUGUCACAGCGAAGAAGAAGAUUAAUGGGAUCUUCGAGCAGUUAGGGGCCUACAUUAAGGAGAGUGCCUCCUUUCUGGAAGAUGCUCACAAAAAUGAAGAGCUGGACCCAGUUACCACAGAAGAGCAGGUCCAGGAGGUUCGAAGUUACCUGACCAAGGUUGCUGGGAUUGGGGAAGUGCUUGCCAGGAGGCACAUGAAGGUGGUGUUCUUUGGGAGGACCAGUAAUGGGAAAAGCUCCGUGAUCAACGCCAUGCUGUGUGACAAGGUGCUGCCUUCUGGAAUCGGACACACCACCAACUGUUUCCUAAGGGUGGAGGGAACGGAUGGAAACGAGUCCUUUAUCCUGACUGAAGGCUCAGAGGAGAAGAAGAGCAUUAAGACGGUGAACCAGCUGGCCCAUGCUCUCCACCAGCACGAGGACCUGGAUGCAGGCAGCUUGGUCUGUGUUAUGUGGCCUAAAGCCAAGUGUGCUUUGCUGAGGGAUGAUCUGGUCUUGUUGGACAGCCCAGGUAUUGACGUGACCACAGAACUGGACAGCUGGAUCGACAAGUUCUGCUUGGAUGCUGACGUGUUCGUUCUUGUGGCGAACUCUGAGUCCACGCUGAUGCAGACGGAGAAGUCGUUCUUUCACAAAGUCAACGAGCGGCUGUCCAGUCCCAACAUCUUCAUCCUUAACAACCGUUGGGACGCCUCCGCCUCAGAACCGGAAUACAUGGAUGAGGUGCGGAGGCAGCAUAUGGACCGUUGUACCAAUUUCCUGGUCCAUGAGCUGGGCGUGGUGGACCAAGCUCAGGCCAGCGACCGCAUCUUCUUCGUCUCGGCCAAGGAGGUUCUUCAGGCGCGUGUGCAGAGAGCUCAAGGAAUGCCUGAAACAGGUGGAGCUCUUGCUGAGGGAUUCCAAGCUAGAAUGUUUGAGUUUCAGAACUUUGAGAGGCGAUUUGAGGAGUGCAUCUCCCAGUCGGCGGUGAAGACCAAGUUUGAGCAGCACACAGUGCGUGCCAAGCAGAUCUCUGAAGCCUUGCGGCACAUCAUGGAUGCAGUGCACAUUGCCGCACAGGAGCAGAGGGUCUACUGUCUUGAGACCAAAGAAGACCGCCAGGAGCGACUGGAGUUUAUCGACAAGCAGUUGGACCUACUGACUAUGGACUGUAAGACCAAGAUCAAGAAGAUCACAGAGGAGGUGGAGAGGCAGGUGUCUAAUUGCAUGGCCGAAGAAAUCAGGAAGCUCCACGUUCUAGUAGAUGAUUUUCACAUGGACUUCCACCCAUCCUCAGUGGUCCUGAAAGUCUACAAGAAAGAACUCCAUCGACAUAUAGAAGAGUGUUUGGGCAAGAACAUGUCAGAGAGGUGCUCCACCAACAUCACUGGUGCUCUUCAAACCACACAGGCAGACAUGAUAGAGGGUCUGAAGCCUCUCCUUCCCAGCCCAGUCAGAGAGCAGGUGGACAAACUGCUCCCUCGCCAGUGCUUCAGUCUGAGUUAUGACCUGGCGUGUGACAAGCUAUGCAGCGACUUCCAGGAGGACAUCAGCUUCCACUUCUCUUUGGGCUGGACCAUGCUGGUCAGCCGCUUUCUGGGGCCCAAGAACACCCGGCGGGCCCUCAUGGGCUACAGUGAUCAGAUUCCUCGGUCCAUGGCACUGACCCCGGUCAGCACCAGCAUGCCUCCCUUCCCGCAAAACUCCAUGACCCAGGAGGAGCUGAUGGUCUCCAUGGUGACGGGACUUGCCUCCCUGACGUCUCGCACCUCCAUGGGCGUCCUUGUCGUCGGUGGUGUGAUCUGGAAGGCCGUGGGCUGGCGUCUGAUUGCCUUGUCCGUGGGUCUCUACGGCCUCCUUUUUGUCUACGAGCGCCUCACCUGGACCACCAGGGCCAAGGAGCGUGCGUUCAAGAGACAGUUUGUGGAGUACGCCUGUGAGAAGCUGCAGCUCAUCGUCAGCUACACGGGCUCCAACUGCAGCCACCAAGUCCAGCAAGAGCUCGCCGGGGUGUUUGCUCAGCUCUGCCAGCAGGUGGACGUGACCCGGCAGAACCUUGAGGACGAGAUGACUGAGAUGAACGGCAAGAUUGAGCUGCUGGACGCCAUGCAGAGCAAAGCCAAGCUGCUGCGGAACAAGGCAGGCUGGCUGGACAGCGAGCUCAACAUGUUCACCCAACAGUACCUUCACCACAGCAAGUAACACACACGUAUGUCGCCUAUUUAUUGGACUAUAUCAUGCAUCAGCUACGGUAACGCUGUGAUAGAAGUCCUAGCAGAGAACAUUUAACCACUUGUGACCAGCUUGGAACAUGACGGACAAACGUUUCAUAUCAUAGGCCAGGAAUUAUUAAAUGCAUGCAACGGUUGAAGCUGAGGAAGGGACACACACAUAGAGAAGGCAGGAAGGGACACACACAUAGAGAAGGCAGGAAGGGACACACACAUAGAGAAGGCAGGAAGGGACACACACAUAGAUAAGGCAGUAAGGGACACACAUAGAGAAGGCAGGAAGGGACACACACAUAGAGAAGGCAGGAAGGGACACACACAUAGAGAAGGCAGGAAGGGACACACACAUAGAUAAGGCAGUAAGGGACACACAUAGAGAAGGCAGGAAGGGACACACAUAGAGAAGGCAGGAAGGGACACACACAUAGAGAAGGCAGGAAGGGACACACACAUAGAGAAGGCAGGAAGGGGAACACAUAGAUAAGGCAGUAAGGGACACACACAUACAGAAGGCAGUAAGGGACACAUAGAGAAGGCAGGAAGGGACACACACAAAGAAGGCAGGAAGGGACACACACAUAGAGAAGGCAGGAAAGCAGGGAGGCACACACACAUAGAGAAGGCAGUAAGGGACACACACAUAGAGAAGG